AUGUAUGCAGAAAACCGUAACCUCACGACACAAGAUGGUCAAUUUUUCGAUAUUACUCACACGUUCAAAGUCGGUUCGUCGACAUAUCAUGUUCUUGGUCUUCGUAAAGACCGUCCAACAUAUAGAAAUACUUAUUAUAUUUUUAAUUAUGCGGAUGACCAACGUGAGUCAACAACUCAAUCGAUGUCAAAAUCUUCGUUGUUCAAACGUCCAACAACAGUAUCUGAGCAAGCACGACGGCCCAAACAUCGUCCACUCACAGCUCAUCGUGCAACAACGACUCCAACUAAUGAGUUUACUACUAGUCCAACACAAACGAGAAAGUCUACAGGUUCUCAUCUUCGUGCACGUACUGAAUCACCUAAAAUAGUGGAGAUUGAUGCAACAACUUUUAAAGAGACAUUUACUAAAGCAAUGAGAACUGAACGACAACUACUUUUUGCUUCACUGCGAAAAGAAAUGAAUAUAAAGAAGAGAACAUUACUUCGAACAAUGAAAAAAGGAAAAGAGGUUAUUUUACAAGCAACAGCAGAAGCUAACAAUAAGGAAGAAAUAAUUCGUCUAUUAGAAGAACAAAAUAAUUCGUGGGCAAUAGCAUUUGAAAAAUCUGUUAGCACUACUACUGCUUCAAUUGAUACUUUGAAACAGAUAUUAAUAGAAACUCUAGAUACACAUCAUAAUACAUCACAAUCAAUGGAACAACUUCAACUUACUUUAAUCCAGACAAUAGAGCAAGAAGUACAAAAAAUUAUAUUAAAAAAUGAAGAAAUUCUUCAAUCAAUAUCUACCGAAACUAAUGCUAUUAACCAGUUACAAAAUACUCUUGUUCAAAAGAUAGAGAAUUUCGCUAUUACAAAGCAGCAUCAUGAUGAUGCGGAAUUGAAUCGCUUAUUUGCUGAACAGAAACAAGCAUUAACUGAUGCAGUGGCACAACAACAACAGCCAACACCAGGUCGAUGA